AUGGAGGAGCAUCUCAGCCUGCUGAGCUCGCCGCCGCCCGCCGCCCGCCGCCGCGCCCCCACGGCCCCGCGCCCCCCCGGCGGCGGCGGCGGCGGCGGCGGCGCCCGCACCCUGCUCCACCCGGGCUACGCCGAGUCCGCCGCGGGCCCCGAGCCGCAGCCCGACAUGACCCUGGUGCCCGCGCCCGGGGACCACCUGCUGGAGCCGGAGGCGGCGGGCGGUGCGGGCGGCGGCGGCGGCGGCGGGGACCCGCCGGAGGGCGGCGGCGGCGGCGGGGACCGUGACCGUGACCGCUACGAGCCGCUGCCGCCCGCGCCGCCCGCCGCCGCCGCCGGCGCCCAGGACUGCUGCGGGGAGCGCGUGGUCAUCAACAUCUCGGGGCUGCGCUUCGAGACGCAGCUGAAGACCCUGUGCCAGUUCCCCGAGACCCUCCUGGGCGACCCCAAGCGCCGCAUGCGCUACUUCGACCCGCUCCGCAACGAGUACUUCUUCGACCGCAACCGGCCCAGCUUCGACGCCAUCCUCUACUACUACCAGUCCGGCGGCCGCCUGCGCCGCCCCGUCAACGUGCCCCUGGACAUCUUCUCGGAGGAGAUCCGCUUCUACCAGCUGGGCGCCGAGGCCAUGGAGAAGUUCCGCGAGGACGAGGGCUUCCUGCGCGAGGAGGAGCGGCCGCUGCCCCGCCGCGACCUGCAGCGCCAGGUGUGGCUGCUCUUCGAGUACCCGGAGAGCUCGGGCCCCGCGCGCGGCAUCGCCAUCGUGUCGGUGCUCGUCAUCCUCGUGUCCAUCGUCAUCUUCUGCCUGGAGACGCUGCCCGAGUUCCGCGACGAGAGGGGCGACUUCGCGCCGCCGCCGCCCGAGCUGCUGCGGGAGGACCAGGGCGCCGCCGCCGCGGGUAACGGUACGUCGGGGGCCGGGACCGCCGCCGCCGCCGCCGCCGGGGCCUCCAGCUUCUCCGACCCCUUCUUCAUCGUGGAGACGCUGUGCAUCAUCUGGUUCUCCUUCGAGCUGCUGGUGCGCUUCUUCGCCUGCCCCAGCAAGGCCGCCUUCUCCCGCAACAUCAUGAACCUCAUCGACGUGGUGGCCAUCAUCCCCUACUUCAUCACGCUGGGCACGGAGCUGGCCGAGCGCCAGGGCAACGGGCAGCAGGCCAUGUCGCUGGCCAUCCUGCGGGUCAUCCGGCUGGUGCGCGUCUUCCGCAUCUUCAAGCUGUCCCGCCACUCCAAGGGGCUGCAGAUCCUGGGCCAGACGCUCAAGGCGUCCAUGCGCGAGCUGGGCCUGCUCAUCUUCUUCCUCUUCAUCGGCGUCAUCCUCUUCUCCAGCGCCGUCUACUUCGCCGAGGCCGACGACCCCACCUCGCGCUUCUCCAGCAUCCCCGACGCCUUCUGGUGGGCCGUGGUCACCAUGACCACCGUGGGUUACGGGGACAUGCACCCGGUGACCAUCGGCGGCAAGAUCGUGGGCUCGCUGUGCGCCAUCGCGGGCGUGCUCACCAUUGCACUGCCCGUGCCCGUGAUCGUGUCCAACUUCAACUACUUCUACCACCGGGAGACGGAGGGCGAGGAGCAGGCCCAGUACAUGCACGUGGGCAGCUGCCAGCACCUAUCCCCGUCCGGGGCCGAGGAGGAGCUGGGGAAGGCCAGGAGCAACUCCACCCUCAGCAAGUCGGAGUACAUGGUGAUCGAGGAGGGGGCCCUGAACCACAGCGCGUGCCCGCAGGCGCCCCUCAAAAUGGGCAACUCCACCCCGGCCGCCGCCUGCGCCACGAACAGUAACCCCAACCCCAACGCCUGUGCCAACGUCAAAAAGAUCUUCACGGACGUGUAA